UUCAUUGAUCAAAUUUUGGAAAAUCAAUCACAAUUAGCCUUAGACUAUUAACUCCUGGAUUUACUGUGCUGCUGUGUUAUACAUAAUACAUACACCGUACGGCCGCGGAAACCCCAAAUUUAACACCAAACCCCAAAUUCAACACCAAAUUGUCACUGGGGUUUUCUUGUUAGCUUGCUCGCAAUCUCUCUUUAAUCAUGGAUCUCUUACGCUCGUAUGCCGACGAUGAAGAGCAGAAAUCCGAAGAAAAACCGCAAUCCUCCAACCAAAGCCCUAAUUCCCAACAAUUGGACAAUUCGGGUCACUCCUCUCCAGAUUCAUCCCCGGUUCGGAUGUCGCUCCCGUCCAAAUCCGCCGCUCCGAAAGUCGACGACACCAUGUUGUCCCUAACAGUCGCCGGCGGCGCAGCUCGGGCGCUUUCGAAGCCCCUCGAUCCGACUCAACACACGGUCUCCUAUAAUCCCACUUAUGACCAGCUCUGGGCGCCAAUCUACGGCCCCGCGCACCCUUAUGCGAAGGACGGCCUCGCGCAGGGCCUCCGCAAUCACAAGCUGGGAUUCGUUGAAAACGCCGCUAUUGAGCCGUUCGUGUUCGACGAGCAGUAUAAUACGUUUCAGAAAUACGGUUAUGCAUUUGACCCCUCGGCGAAUCACUAUGUAGGGGAUAUGGAUGUUUUGAAGAAGAAUGACGCGAUUUCAGUGUAUAAUAUACCGCAGCACGAGCAGAAGAAGAGGAAGCUCGAGAAGAAGAAGGAGAUGAUGGAGAAUGAGCAGGGAGAGGGGGAGGAGGAGGAUGUUGAUAUGACGGAAGUGGACAAUCCGGCCACCGAGACGUGGUUGAGGAAGAAUAGGAAGAGCCCUUGGUCUGGGAAGAAAGAGGGUUUGCAAGCUGAGCUUACUGAUGAGCAGAAGAAGUAUGCUGAAGAGUAUGCCAAGAAGAAGGGCGAGGAGAAAGGUGAAAGAGAAAAGGGAGAGCCUUUGGUUGAGAAGAGCACUUUUCAUGGUAAGGAAGAGAGGGAUUAUCAGGGUAGGUCAUGGAUUGCACCUCCUAAGGACGCCAAGCCACAGAAUGAUCAUUGUUAUAUUCCAAAGAGAUUAGUGCAUACUUGGAGUGGCCACACGAAAGGAGUUUCCGCCAUUAGGUUCUUCCCCAAGCAUGGCCAUUUGAUUCUUUCUGCUGGAAUGGAUACGAAAGUGAAGAUUUGGGAUGUUUUCAAUUCAGGCAAGUGCAUGAGGACUUACAUGGGGCACUCGAAGGCUGUGAGAGAUAUUUGGUUUAGCAAUGAUGGGACUAAAUUUUUAACUGCUAGCUAUGAUAAAAAUAUCAAGUAUUGGGAUACAGAGACUGGAAAGGUGAUAUCUACAUUUUCGACGGGGAAGGUACCUUAUGUGGUGAGGCUUAAUCCUGAUGAGGAUAAACAGAAUGUGCUUUUGGCGGGUAUGAGUGAUAAGAAGAUAGUACAGUGGGAUAUGAACUCUGGGCAGAUUACUCAGGAGUAUGAUCAGCAUCUUGGAGCAGUUAAUACAAUCACAUUUGUGGAUGAUAAUAGGAGGUUUGUAACUUCUAGUGAUGAUAAAUCCCUCCGGGUAUGGGAGUUUGGCAUUCCUGUUGUUAUAAAGUACAUUAGUGAACCCCAUAUGCAUUCUAUGCCCUCCAUUUCACCACAUCCAAAUGGGAACUGGCUUGCGGCCCAGAGUUUGGAUAAUCAAAUCCUUAUCUAUAGUACCAGGGAGAGGUUCCAGCUGAACAAGAAGAAGAGAUUUGCUGGACAUAUUGUAGCUGGGUAUGCCUGUCAGGUUAAUUUCUCACCUGAUGGGCGGUUUGUCAUGUCAGGAGAUGGUGAAGGUAGAUGCUGGUUUUGGGAUUGGAAGAGUUGCAAAGUCUUUAGAACUCUUAAGUGUCAUGAUGGGGUAUGCAUUGGUGCUGCGUGGCAUCCUUUGGAGCAAAGUAAAGUUGCUACCUGUGGCUGGGAUGGCUUGAUCAAAUACUGGGACUAAACAAUGGGAUGCGAAGCUUGUCGUUUGUUUUUAUUAAUCAUCUCAUUCACGGAAGAGCUUCAUUAAUCGAUAAGUUCAGUUGGAAUUUGUCAGUGUAUUUUCAAAUCUCAUUUGGAGUAAGAUAUAUCAGAAAUCUGUAUGAGCUCGAAUGCUUCCUCGCAAUUUACAGGUUCAAACACCUUCCAUAUGUGUGCAUGCUAGAAGAAAAACAUCAAUCCUAACUUGGUGCCCUUGCUUGCAUCCCCUUCUAUCUCUACUUGAUGAUGAUCAAUUUUGCGCCAUACAGAAUUGUCUGAUAGGCUGUCCAGGAAGUUGUUGAGUUGUAUUAUAUUGCACUCUUUCCUGUAUUAUUGGCACUGGUCUGUUUUAAUGAGUUGUAGGCUAAAAUAGGAUAGAACAAAGUGCAAAAUUCACUUUGAUCGACUGUAAUUUGUUAUAGCAAUUUUUAUUUGACUAGCGGAUUCCCCUACAUUUUGCCCAUCUUGUAUUUGGCGUGUGUUGGAUUUGUAAGAAUCUACAGAAGUGAGUGUAGUAAUGAGAGUAUGUGUGUAGAAAGAUAGUUUUUUUUUUU